AUGGCUCUGUUCAACUCGACGGUGGAGGACAGUUUCAGCCCCUCUCCCUCCCCUCCUGCCCCCCCCUGCUCCCUGCCCUCCAACUCCAGCUCCCCCUCGCCCUCUUCCCCUCCCUACAACUUCUACGCUGUUCUGCUGGUGCUGCUUAUCUUCUGCGUGGUGUUUGGGAACGUGCUGGUGUGCGUAGCGGUGUCCCGGGAGAGGGCGCUGCAGACCACCACUAACUACCUCAUCGUGUCCCUGGCCGUGUCCGACCUGCUGCUCGCCACGCUGGUCAUGCCCUGGGGGGUGUACCUGGAGGUGGUGGGGGGAUGGAGGUUCAGUCCAAUCUACUGUGACAUCCUGCUGACACUGGAUGUCAUGAUGUGCACCGCCAGCAUUCUCAACCUGUGCGCCAUCAGCAUUGACAGGUACACGGCCGUAGCCAUGCCCCUGCUCUAUAACACCAGGUACAGCUCCCGGAGGCGGGUGGCUCUGAUGAUCGCUGUGGUAUGGUUCCUCUCCUUCGCCAUCUCCUGCCCCCUGCUGUUCGGACUCAACAACACAGCCAGCAGGGAGGUGUGGAAGUGCAGCAUCGCAGACCCCGCCUUCGUGGUGUACUCCUCGGUGGCCUCCUUCUACGUGCCCUUCAUCGUGACGCUGCUGGUGUAUGCGCAGAUCUGCGUGGUGCUGCGCAGACGAGGCAGGCGCACCGCCCCACCACGCAGACACACGCUGCAUGCGCAGGCGGGGGCGGAGCCAGGGGAGGGGCAGCGGCACAGGAAGAACAAGUGCACCCACCCAGAGGAUGUGAAGCUGUGCACUCUGAUCGUCAAGCCCCCCCCAGCUGCCCCCCACCGCAAGAAAGUGACUCUGGUGAAGGAGGCAGUGGUUCACCCUCUAGAAGCAGAACCGGUUCGGUUUCUGGCCCAAACCGACCAGACCCGGCAACCACCCGCUCGGCCUAAAAUCUCCCUCUCCGUCUCCGUCGCCCCUGCACCGCCUCUCCCCCCUGCCGCCCGCUCAUCCCUUGCACCCAGGAGGGCGGAGUUUGAGGAGGGCAUGAGGGGGCGUGAGGGGUGGAGGGAGAGGGAUGGAGAAAGGGAGGAGAAAGGAGCCGGGGUGAAGGAGCGAGUGAGGGGAAGGCUGUCCCAGCAGAAGGAACGGAAGGCCACCCAGAUGCUGGCCAUUGUGCUGGGUGUGUUCAUCAUCUGCUGGCUGCCGUUCUUCCUGACGCAUGUGCUGCGUGUGCACUGCACCAGCUGCUGCAUCUCGCCCUCGCUGUACAGCGCUGUCACCUGGCUGGGCUACCUCAACAGCGCCGUCAACCCCGUCAUCUACACCACCUUCAACAUCGAGUUCCGCAAAGCCUUCAUUAAGAUCCUGCACUGCUGA